GGAAGCUUCUCACCCCCAUCUUCCUCUAUCAAAAACACAUGAUGGGACUAAAGGUACUCCGCAGAUGCUACUCUGCGAGAGUUGGCCCUGCUUUAAACUCUGCCGAGGAUAUUCGUCAGUUGCUAGCUACCCCUUCCUGGUCGUCCGCCGAAUUCCUCAAGCGCACGAAGGAUACCAAGGUCACACAGCCGCUUUUGCACAAAUUGUUGAAGCUUUCGGGCUUGUCAAGCCAGAUUUCCGCCCAGGAAUCCGAACUGCUUUUGCUGGCGCUCGAGAACCAGAUUAAUUUCCUCGAUCACUUGCACUCGGUGCAGCUUCCGCCGGAGGCCGCUGCCACUUUUAAAGACCCACGCUAUGCCAGAAUCUUGAGACACGAGCCGGAGGCGGUGGGGUAUACCGAGUUACAGGCGAUGGUGGCAGAACAGAAACAGGCCCACGAUAAGGGCGAGGUGGACGACAGCUGGAGCCCUAUGGACAUGGCAGAGAUACGGGCAGGGCCAAACUAUGUCAUCAGAGGCGGUUUGGGCAAGGACGAGCAAUAGAUUAAUGAAUAACGAUAAUUGUAUAUAAU